AACAAAAACACCAAAGAAAGAGAAAAAUCUUUGAUUUAAAGUAAACCUUCGUGCUUUCCACUAACCUCCCUAUUUUUUCUCUCCAAAUAUUUUCCGGAAAUUUUGAUUAAUUUUUCAAGUUUAAUCAGAGACUUUAAUUGGAGACAAAGGAGAGAGAAAAAAAACACGACAAUGCCUUCUCCUCCGGAAGAAGGAACCCAACCCAAAACAGAAUCGGGUUCGGGUCAAACCUCCGAACGCGAUACCAAUCAACCACCAUCGCCUCCACCGCAAACGCAACCGCAAUCUUCUUACCCGCCGGUUAUGGGCUUUCCAGGUUACCAUCAAGCCCCAUACCCAAAUUAUCCAAACGCACCUUACAAUCAUCAACAAUACGCCUACGCGCAAGCCCCACCCGCUUCAUAUUACGGGUCAUCUUACCCGGCCCAACAAAAUCCGGUUUACCAGAGACCCGCUCCGUCCGGCUUCUUCAGAGGAAUCCUCGCCGGUUUAGUCGUUUUAGUCGUCCUCCUCUGCAUCUCCACCACCAUAACCUGGCUCGUCCUCCGUCCUCAGAUCCCGGUUUUCUCCGUAACCAAUUUCUCAGUUUCUAAUUUCAACGUAACCGGACCGGUUUUCUCCGCCCAGUGGACGGCUAACCUCACCGUGGAGAAUCCAAACUCGAAAUUGAAAGGCUACUUCGAUCGAAUCCAAGGGUUCAUCUACAACCAAAACGCGAUCGGAGAAGACGAUUUCUUAGCGAAGGCGUUUUUCCAGCCGGUUUACGUGGAGACGAAGAAAUCGGUUUCGAUCGGAGAAACCCUAACGGCGGGAGAAAAAGAACAGCCGAAAGUGCCGAGCUGGGUCGGAGAAGAGAUGAAGAAAGAGAGAGAAACCGGAACGGUGUCGUUUGAUCUGAGAAUGGCGGUUUGGGUCACUUUCAAGACGGAAGGUUGGUCGGCGCGUGAGAGUGGGCUUAAGGUGUUUUGUGGGAAGUUGAAAGUUGCGUUUGAAGGAGCCUCAGGGAACGGUGCCGCUUUGUUGCCUAAGCCUCUUCCUUGUUUGGUUUACGUUUGAUUCUUCUUCCUCGACAUUUUCUUGCCACUUAACGUCUCUUGUAAUGUUUGAUUGUUGUUUACGUUAGCUAAAGAAAUGUUUGGUUGCUUAUUAUGCAAAUUCCAUAGAAAUCUCAUAAACCAAGUUUAA